AUGAGGCUGCUGCAUGUUGCUCUCAACGGCAUGCGCCGCAGCGACAGAAGCAAACCAAGCCCUACUCAGCUGCAGCAGCAGCAGCAGCUGCAGCAGCAGCAGCAGCAGCAGCAGCAGAUACGAACCCCUUCCCUCCAUUCGGAGCCACGGAAGCCUUUGGGGUAUCUGCUGCAGCAGCAGCAGCAAGCGCAGCAACAACUGCUGCAGCAAGAAAAACAGCAGCAACAGCUGCGCACUGAGCGAUCACUAGUAGCAGCAGCAGCUGCAGCAGCAGCAGCAACUCGUGCUGCUGCUCUUGCGGCUGCUGCAGCAGCAGCAACUCGUGCUGCAUCGUGUCUGCUGCGGCUGCUGCUGCUGCUGCUGCUGCAGCUGCCGCAGCUGCAGCAGCAGCGGUUGCUGCUGCAGCAACCAGAGCAGGACCGGCAGCAGCAGCUGCUGCUGCUGCUGCUGCCUGUGCUGCAAGCACGGAAGCCUUUGGGGUAUCUGCUGCAGCAGCAGCAGCAAGCGCAGCAACAACUGCUGCAACAAGAAAAACAGCAGCAACAGCUGCGCACUGAACGAUCACUAGUAGCAGCAGCAGCUGCAGCAGCAGCAGCAGCUCGUGCUGCUGCUCUUGCGGCUGCUGCAGCAGCAGCAACUCCAGCAACAACAAACAAAGGAGACGGUAGCAACAGUAGCAGCAGCAGCAGCAGCAGCAGUAGCAAUGGAAGCAAAGCAAAAGUGCAGCAGCAGCAGCAGCAGCAGAAGCAGCAGCAGCAGCAGCAGCAGCAGCAGCAGCAGCAGCAGCAGCAGCAACUUGCCUUGUCUACAAAUAGGGCAUUUCAACGCCAGCGGAAGGAAACAAAGAAAGACAGAGACAUAAGCAAAUACAAAAGGAGACAAAAGAAGAGACAGCAGCAGCAACAUCAACAGCAGCAGCAGCAUGAACAGCAGCAGCAGCCGCAGCAACUGCAGCAACAGCAGCAGCAGCAGCAGCAGCAGCAACAGCAGCAGCAGCAGCAGCGUUUGCUUACCUCGCUGCAGAGACACAUGUGGCGGCAAGGCAGCACAGCGGUGGUUCGCUCCUCAGCCAGACAUAUCACGCACUCUCUGAGCAGCAGCAGCAGCAGCAGCAGCAGCAGCAGCAGCACAAGUGCACACGCUAUUGAUCCUGCUGCUGCUCCUGUUGCUGCUGUUGUCGUUCUUGUUGCUGCUGCUGCUGCUGCUCAGGCAGCAGCAGCAGCAGCAGCAGUAAGGGGAAGCCUCAGCAGCAGCAGCAAGCAAGCAAUAGCAGCAGCAGCAACAACACAAGCAACAGCAACAGCAACAACAACAGCAGCAGCGCAAGCAGCAGCAGCAGCAACAGCAGCAGCAGCAAUAGCGGCAGCAGCAACAGCAACAGCAGCAGCAGCAGCAACAGAAGCAGCAUCGUACCUUCCCGAGAGGUUUUCUUCGUUUGAGCUGAGGCGCAUAGGAGUCCCACCUCCUGCUGCUGCUGCAUCUGCUGCUGCACCUGCUGCUGCUGCUGUUGCUGCAUCUGCUGCUGUUGCUGCUGCUGCUCCCCCGCUGCUGCACUCGUAG